CACGAAUGGAAAUGCAGCACACCCUGAAAUAUCACGCAUUGAUGCCGUGCUCGUGCACGCGUGUGAGCAAACGGUUGUUAACACUAAAUGAAGCGGUUGCUUGGACAGCAGCUGCGCAAUUUUGCACGUGGCCGACCAAUCGCUGCGUAGUGGUGUGCCGGCCGUGCACACAGCUCAUCUGAGCGUGGUUGUGUUUGCUGUACGAAUUGUUGCAUGACCUGUACAACACGUUGUACCGCAUAAACGUUUUUUGAGUUGAUUAGGGCCUUUGCACCGUUCGUGCGGAUCACGAGGUGCCCCUAUUUGUGGACCGUGGCUGCGCGCCCUUGAUGGGUAAAAAAGCGGGACAGGUUAGAAAACGUGAUGGAAGUUUCGAUCGGAGGGGUGGUGGCGUUCAUGAUACGAAGAUGGGCGAGCAGGCCGAUGAUAUGAGCACGGAGACAGCGCACAACGAUCAUACAACAGGCGGUAGCACAAACAUUAGCGGUGUGCCAUUCAUAAGGGUAAAGCAACGGGUCCACGAGCAGGACACGUUAUUGGCGUACAUUAGAGAUUUUGAGGAAAACGGUAAAGGCAGCGUAAUAUACAUCAGCGGUGUACCUGGCAGCGGCAAGACGUACACGGUCAUAAACACGCUCGUACAUCGCAGCAAUACGCUUUACUUCAACUGUGGCACCUUGAAAAAUAAAAAGAUGUUUUUUAGAAAGCUGUACAACUUGGCGAACAGAAAGACAAUGAGCGGUGUAACGGGCUACAGGAGCGUACGUUCAAAGCAGCAGUUUACAAUGCACAAUCUCAAAGCAAAGCUUGAUAAACGCAUUCUGGUGAUAGAUGAGCUAGACUUUGUGCUCACCAAGGACCAGCACGUGUUAUACACCCUGUUCGAACUAAAAGUAUGCGCUCUGUUGGUGUGUAUCAGCAACACAAUGGCAUUUACCAACAGGUUGGAUGGCAAGGUAGCGAGCAGAAUCGAUUUUUUUAUUAAUUUCGAGGCUUAUGGUGCGGAGGAGAUUAGGGAGAUUGUUGGGGUGGGAAAAGACGAUGCAUUUGAUUUGGUGGUGAGGAGGAUGGCAGCCGUGUGUGGCGAUGUAAGGAGGGUGGAGUGGUAUAGAAGGAUGUUGAGGAGGAACGGUAUUGAGUGUGGCAGUGGUACCGGAACAAGUGGUAUGGAGAGUAAAUCGGGGAGUGUGAGCAAAGGUACUGCCUGUUCGGGCAGUACCGCUAUGAAGGGCAUAGGCAGCGGUACAACGCACGAUAAUGCUAGCAAAAGUGGCAAUGUGGGUGAUGGCAGGAGGAGCACCGAUGAUAAAGCACAAGCCUGUCUUAAAAGUGAAGGUGACAUAAAAAUGAUUGAUCAGUUGAUGAAAAACGAUAAGCCGGUCUUUAAACACUUCCUAAACGAAAUAGAUGAAAAGAAAAAAAAGAUAUUGAAAAUGGACGUGAUCAGGUACGAGGAGGUGUGUGGCAUGGACUAUUUUGAAUAUGAACGAGUUAUUGAUGAGUUGGAAAGCAUGGGGCUGGUGGUGAAUGGCAAGGCUGUACUGACAAGGGAUGAGAUGGACAGAAGUUAAAGCAUAGCGAUGGGUAAACGUGAAAGGGUUUCUAGAACAUGACGGACGGGUUGAUAGCUGUAAUUAGCGAGGCAGGUUGAUUUGAUAGAUUAUUGCCGAUGUAUGGUGCUUGGUCAUACAUGUUAGGGCUGGUGCUGU